UUAUAAAUAUGUAGGUUUAUCAGCCAACAGCUCCCUGCUCUCCUCCUUCCUCCAUGUCCUCUUCAUUUCUUCACCCCGGCGGAUCGCCAGCAGACGGGGUCACCUUGAACGAGGCAGAAACUCAGCCUCCUAGUCGCGACGAAAUCGAAACACAUGUCGAUGUUGACAGAGCCGAGCAGGAGUUUAAUGCCCUUUCACGACAACUGACUAUUCGUUCUGAGGGCGGCGCCGAAAAUAACAAAUGGAAGACCGCAUCUGUGAAGGACCUUGAAAAAGGCGUCAACGAAGCCAUCGACGAAGAAUCCGGGUUUGACCUACGCGAAUACUUAACCUCUUCCAAUGAUGCCAACCAGAAUGCCGGAAUAAAACACAAACACGUCGGUGUUACGUGGGAAGACCUCCAGGUCGACGUUAUCGGCGGUGUUGAUAGCAAGAUAUACGUGGGAACUUUCGGAGGUGCAAUCGUCUCUUUCUUUCUCACGCCUUUUCUAUGGAUAUGGUCUCUGUUUGCGCCGCUUUUUCCUUCCAAGAAAGUUCCAACGCGCACCAUUCUUCACAAGUCCUCGGGUGUCAUAAAACCCGGAGAAAUGUGUCUGGUGCUUGGUUGUCCUGGUUCCGGUUGCAGCACAUUCCUUAAAACUAUUGCUAAUUGUCGAGAUGAGUAUGCAAGCGUUUCCGGGGAAGUUCUUUACGCAGGCAUGUCCGCCCAAGAAAUGGGUAAAUACUACAAAGGCGAGGUUGUAUACAACGAAGAAGAUGAUCGUCACAUUGCAACCCUGACUGUUGCCCAGACCCUUUCUUUCGCGCUGUCUACCAAGACGCCUGGUCCCAAUGGCCGCCUUCCUGGCGUAACGCGUAAAGAGUUUGAUCAAGAAGUUCAAGAUACGCUUCUCCGAAUGCUGAACAUUUCCCAUACCAAACAGACAUUGGUUGGAGACGAGUUCGUACGCGGUGUGUCUGGAGGUGAACGCAAGCGAGUCAGUAUCGCUGAAAUGAUGGCGACUCGUGCCCGAGUCCAGUCCUGGGACAAUUCCACUCGUGGCUUGGAUGCUUCAACUGCCCUUGACUUCUCUAAAAGCUUACGGAUAAUGACUGAUGUUUUGGGCCAAACCACAUUUGUGUCCCUCUAUCAAGCUGGCGAAGGCAUCUACGACCUCUUCGACAAAGUUAUGGUACUAGAUAAAGGACGGCAGGUAUUCUUCGGGCCUCCGGCUGAAGCUCGUGCUUAUUUCGAGAGCCUUGGGUACAAGUCUCUUCCCCGACAAAGCACUCCGGAUUACCUCACGGGCUGUACAGACCCUAACGAACGCCAGUUCGCAGCUGGACGCUCUGCGCGUGACGUUCCGUCUACUCCUGAAGCUUUAGAGGCCGCUUUUCGUUCUUCCGUUUACGGUCAAGCUCUCGAUGAUUCUUUGUGGAAAUACAAGUUGCACCAAGCUACCGAGAAAGCAGACCAGGAUGCUUUCCGUGCGGCUGUAUUGGCGGAUAAGAAGAGGGGCGUGUCGAAGAAGAGCCCUUACACUCUUGGUCUGAUUGGGCAGGUUCGCGCGCUAGCAGUCAGAGCAUUCCAGAUGAGGUUGCAAGACAGGUUCCAACUGAUUACUAGCAUGUCGCUGUCGACGAUCUUGGCCCUUGUCAUCGGUGGAGCCUACUGGAGUCAACAACUGACUGCGGCUGGCGCGUUUACCCGCGGCGGUCUGAUCUUCGCGGCUUUGCUGACCACAUGCCUUGAUGCUUUUGGAGAACUGCCGAUGCAAAUGUUAGGAAGACCCAUCCUCCGGAAACAGACCAGCUACAGCAUGUACCGACCUUCGGCUACUGCAUUGGCAAACACUAUUGCCGACCUCCCUUUCUCCGCUGUUCGGGUGCUGAUCUUCAACAUAAUCGUGUAUUUCAUGACAAACCUGAACCGCUCUGCUGGUGGAUUUUUCACUUUUCACCUAUUCAAUUAUGUGGCCUAUUUGAGCAUGCAGGGGUUCUUUAGAACCUUCGGAUUGUUAUGCAAGAAUUUCGAUGUUGCGUUCCGGUUGGGCACAUUCUUCAUUCCCAAUUUCAUCGAAUAUAGCGGGUACCUGAUCCCUGUACCAAGUAUGAAGCGAUGGUUGUUCUGGAUCUACUACAUUAACCCGAUUUCAUACGCGUGGCAGGGCUCUAUUGAGAAUGAAUUCAUGCGUAUCAACCUGCUUUGCGACGGAAAUUAUGUGGUUCCUAGAAAUGCGCCCGGAAUGACGAAGUAUCCCACUGAACUAGGUCCUAACCAAGCUUGCACUAUCUUCGGAGCUGUCAGCGGGAACGAUAUCGUUCGAGGCGACGAUUAUAUUAGCGCUGGGUAUGGACUGGAUUCCAAGGAUAUAUGGCGGCGCUGCCUUCUCGUCCUCAUCGGGUUUAUGAUCGCGUUUCAGAUAACCCAGGUUAUUGCAUUGGAGUACUUCCCCCAAUACAAUGUUAGCUUGUCGGUCAACAUCUUCGCCAAGGAGGAUCAAGAGACCAAAAAGCUUAACGCUGUUCUUCGUGAGAAGAAAGCCGCCCAGGCCAAAGCGAAGGAGAUCGACAGCAAGGAACACGACGUAGAACAAACCAACCAGAAACCGGAGAAUGGAACUAUGCGUCACAAGAAGACGUUCACUUGGGAAAAACUCAAUUAUGUGGUUCCUGUUCCCGGCGGGACGCGCCGUCUUUUGCACGAUGUCUAUGGGUACGUUAAGCCGGGAACUCUGACGGCGCUUAUGGGUGCGUCGGGCGCUGGAAAAACUACGUGUCUGGAUGUCCUUGCUCAACGAAAAAAUAUUGGUGUCAUUACCGGAGACGUUUUGGUUGAUGGACGUCCUCUUACUUCGGACUUUGCCCGGGGUACUGCUUACGCCGAACAAAUGGACGUCCACGAGGGUACCGCGACUGUCCGUGAGGCUAUGCGCUUCUCCGCAUACCUGCGUCAGCCCGCUGAGAUUCCCGAAUCCGAAAAAGACGCAUACGUCGAGGAGAUCAUCGAGCUUCUGGAGCUCCAAGACUUGUCCGAAGCUCUGGUGUUCAGUCUUGGCGUCGAAGCACGUAAGCGGCUUACUAUCGGUGUCGAGCUCGCCAGUAAACCUGAGCUCCUCCUUUUCCUGGACGAGCCCACGUCUGGUUUGGACGGCCAAAGCGCAUGGAAUUUGGUUCGGUUCCUCCGUAAGCUCGCUGACCAAGGCCAAGCUAUUCUCUGUACCAUCCAUCAACCGUCUUCGCUUCUCUUUGAGAGCUUCGAUCGCUUGCUGCUUCUCGAGACAGGCGGCGAGACCGUCUACUUUGGCGAUAUCGGAGCAGAUUCGCACAUCAUUCGAAACUACUUUGGUCGUCACGGUGCACUUUGCCCUGCUAAUGUCAACCCGGCCGAGUUCAUGCUGGAUGCCAUAGGUGCGGGUGUCAGCCCCAGGAUUGGCGACCGCGAUUGGAAAGAUAUCUGGUUGGAUUCACCGGAGUAUCAAAAUGUCCGCAGCGAGAUUGACACGAUCAAAGCCAAGGCCCUCGCUUUACCGGAGACUGACAAAAAGACGCUUACUACUUAUGCGACAUCUUUCUUUUACCAGUUGCGCAUGGUCGUCAAGAGGAACAACCUUGCACUUUGGAGGUCUCCGGAUUACAUCUUCACUCGUCUUUUCGUGGUCACUUUCAUUUCGCUCUUUGUUUCUUUGUCCUUCUUGCAACUAGGCAACAGUACUCGUGACUUGCAGUUCCGCGUUUUCUGCAUUUUCUGGGUUCCUAUCCUUCCCGCUAUCGUCAUGGCCCAAAUAGAACCCUUGUUCAUCGCCAACCGAAGAAUAUUCAUCAGGGAGUCCUCUAGUCGCAUAUACUCUCCCUACGUCUUCGCGAUCGGACAAUUGAUCGGCGAACUCCCAUACAACAUCUUGUGUGGUAUCGUCUACUGGGUGCUCAUGGUCUACCCCACGGGUUUCGGAAACGGCAGUGCGGGACUCAACGGUACUGGUUUCCAACUAUUGGUGAUCCUGUUCUUCCUGGCCUUUGGUGUAUCGUUGGGGCAGCUGGUCGCGGCGAUCUCCCCCAGUAUACAGGUUGCGGUGCUGUUCAAUCCUUUCAUUUCGUUGGUCCUGAUCACGUUCUGUGGUGUCACUAUCCCGUACCCCACGAUGAUCAAGUUCUGGAGGAGCUGGAUGUAUUAUAUCAGCCCUUACACGUGGAGCAUCUCCGCUAUGGUUGCUACCGAGCUUCAUGGUCUUGAAAUCCGGUGCAAGAGUGAUGAAUUCUCGGUGUUCAAUCCACCUUCGGGUGAGACUUGUUAUUCUUGGGCCAAUGACUUUGUGAAUGCAUUCGGUGGGUACCUCGAUAACCCCAACUCUACGGAUACAUGCCGCUAUUGUCAAUACUCUGUUGGUGACGAGUUCUAUACGCCCCUCAAUAUGAGCUAUUCGGACAGAUGGAGGAACGUGUUCAUUCUGUUUGCCUUCUUCGUGUUCAAUGUUUUGGCUACGAUAGUUGCAUCACGUUUCUUACGAUACGCAAAACGCUAACGAGUGUUGAAUGAGUGCAUGCCUAGAAAUACAUAGAAUCAUGAACACAUACCUACCAUACACUAAUAGCUUUAUCAAUGUUCCGGUGCCGUACCGAUAUGAUAUAAU